UAUGAGAGAGAAGGUACUUGGUUGAAAAGAGAAUGGCCUGCAUAGGUGUAGUUGGUGGUGGUCUUGUAAGCGGAAACACAAGGACAAGGUCUUAUUGCUCCUUAUCCUCUGGGAAUUCAACAAGCAGACGUGUGGGUACUGCUGUGGUGAUAAGGGCAGAUUCCAUGGCUACCGAGAAACUUGGAAUCAAGAUUGAGAAGAACCCUCCAGAAUCCAAGCUCGCCCAAUUGGGUGUCCGAAAUUGGCCCAAAUGGGGUUGCCCUCCAAGCAAAUUCCCAUGGACAUAUGAUGCCAAAGAGACAUGCUAUCUGCUGGAAGGAAAAGUGAAGGUAACUCCUGCGGGAUCCACCGAGUCUGUAGAGAUUGGUGCUGGGGAUUUGGUGGAAUUUCCCAAAGGAAUGAACUGCACUUGGGAUGUCUCUGCUGCUGUGGACAAGCACUACAAUUUUAGCUAGUUAGUUGCUACUCUAAUGUUGUUAUACAUGACAUGGUUUAUUACAAAUUAUAAACACUACUCUUUGAGGGUAUAUUGGCUAUAGACCUAUAUCACGAAGCAUUUAACUAUAGAUCUUGAAUUGUGUUUGUGUUAUAAGUUAUGUAAAUAUCUACUGUGUGUUGUGCUUAUUGUAUCAC